UGUUAUAUUUAUAACACAAUUAACAACAUCGACGUUUUUUUAUUAUAUUAUUAUAUUAUUUUAGCUGUGUUUUUAAACGACCCGGAACUUCUAUGCUAUUUAAACCUGAAACCUUUAAAGCUCGUUACGCAAAGCGAGGACAGUGAAUGUAUGGAGGCCCGUGGUAUUGUAAAAGCAUUUCGGAAAGUGAAAAGAAUUGGCCAUCAGUUGGAGAAAGAAGAAGAACCCCAGAAUAAGAAGCAACAGAAGGAGCUGGUUACAGGCACAUGGUUAAAUGGUAUAUGUGCUUAUAUCAUCCAAACUGGGAUUGGAAAUGCAAGAGCUACAAUUUUUCAGACACAAAUUGUCCAGAAUGGGGGCCAAGUUGUGGACACCUUUUCCCCCUGUGUCACCCAUGUUAUUGUGGAUGACUCUAUGAAUUAUGAUCGUGCUUUGCGCCUUCUGAAGGUAGACAAGCUUCCCCCUGCAGUACAGCUGGUGAAGUGCUCUUGGCUGAGUCUGUGCAUCACUGAAAAGAAGCUUCUCAACACUGCAGGCUACAGUGUAUUCAUCCCUGACAGAAACCUGGAUUCCAAUCAUGAGCAAGUAAAGGUAAAUUCUCUUAAUGGUAAUGGAUCUGCAUUGGGAAUUCAUGUUCAACAGACAAAUAAUAAGCAGAAGACAGAGAAAGAGGCUACAGUUUCAAAGACUGUCCAGAUAGAGGAGUCUGCAUCACUGAACACAAUUAUUUCCAGUCACAGAGCACAGACUUCAGAUGAUGAUGGGAGUGAUACUGAAGAGGCUGGUGUCUCCCAGAAAGAUCUGGAAGCUCUUCUCACAGGCUGCUACCCCACUACAGAGGAACCCAGCCCCGCACAACCAGACCCUGUCACUGGGAAAUGGGUCUGUGCUCAGUCCUCAAAAGCAAAGAAUGACAAUCACAAUCAGCACAUCACAGACAAGCUGGAAGUUCUGGCCAAGGCUUACACACACCAAGGGGACAAGUGGAGAGCAUUGGGAUACUCCAAAGCCAUCAAUGCCCUCAAGAGCUACCACAAACCUGUCUCUUCAUAUGAGGAGGCUUGUAAGAUACGGGGUAUAGGGAAGCGCAUGGCAGAGAAGAUCAAAGAGAUCCUGGAAAGUGGGAACCUUCGCAAACUUGAUCACAUUGGAGAAAGCGUGCCAGUGCUGGAGCUCUUCACCAACAUCUGGGGGGUCGGAUCCAAGACUGCCCAGAUGUGGUAUCAGCAGGGUUUUCGCACUCUGGAAGACAUCCGCACCAAAGCCACUCUUACAAGCCAGCAGGUGAUUGGACUGAAGCACUAUGAUGACUUCCUGGAUAGAAUGCCAAGGGAGGAGGCUGCUGAGAUUGAGAAAACGGUGAAGGAAGCGGCUCUGUCUUUGAACCCGGGGCUGCUGGCGGUGGCGUGCGGCUCCUACCGAAGAGGGAAACCCACCUGUGGAGAUGUAGACAUUCUCAUCACUCACCCAGAUGGGAAAUCCCACAAGGGCAUCUUCAGUAAAAUACUGCACAUCCUCCAUCAAAGUGGCUUUCUGACAGAUGAUCUGGUCAGCCAUGAGGAGAAUGGGGAACAGAAGAAGUACCUGGGGGUGUGCCGUCUGCCAGGCCCCGAGUCCUGCCACCGUCGACUGGACAUCAUUGUGGUGCCUUACAGUGAGUUUGCCUGCGCCAUCUUGUACUUCACUGGCUCGGCUCACUUCAACCGCUCCAUGAGGGCUCUGGCCAAAACGAAGAACAUGAGCCUGUCGGAGCAUUCACUCAACAAGGAUGUGCUGCGACAGGGCAGCCUGAAGGUGAGCACAGGCGCCCCCCUUCCCACGCCCACAGAGAAGGAUGUCUUCAGGCACCUGGGUCUGCCCUACAGGGAGCCACAGGACAGAGACUGGUGAGGGCCCUCUGUACAGGUCUGUGUAAAGACGUGCGCAUUACUGCUUUGAGGAAGAGCUGCUAGAAUCCAAGGUCUCAGCUGUGACUUGUGACAGGUUGGGAGGAGUUCUAUGAAAUUAAAAAGAGUCAUUUUAUUUGCUGGACAUACUUAAACGUAAAUGAAUGUCAGUGAGUUUUCCUCAAAUUGGUUCUUAGAGAAGAAUGUGAAGGUAGACCGUUGAAUAAUGUGCACAGUAAAACUGUAGCAGGAGCCUUGAGACUGGUUUUAACUUGAUCUUUUAGACCGUGAAUGAAGUCCUUUUAAGCCACUGAGAUAACCCUCCAGAACGUAACAGGGACUAAAAUAAUUUCCUGAUUUUACAAACCUUUCUGUAGAGCUAAUGAAAGAUAUCAUAACUGAUUUUAACAUAUUUUUCCCGUAUAAUGUAUUUAGUACUUUUUAUUUAUAGCUUCAUCUGUCCCCUAUGAAUUGUUGGGGGCUUAAACUGGAUCAAAUAUAUUUUUUCUGGAUUUAUAAUGAGGCUUAUUAUGCAAAGCCACAUCCAUGCAGAUAAUAAAAUAUGAAUAUUAUUGCCUUUACAUGUGUUGGAUUUGGACUGUAUGCUGCACAUUGUUGGUGGUGGAGGGCAGUCCCCAUUACCUGUAAAGCGCUUUGAGUGGAGUGUCCAGAAAAGCGCUAUAUAAGUGUAAGCAAUUAAUUAAAGUAAAUAAAACCUGUUCUAAAAUAAAUCAUAAAGCGUCCUUUAAAUUAGAUUAAGAAAAGUAUAUCCAAGAGCGAGAUUUUUAACUUGCAAGUUUAAAGAGUUAUGGUUGUAUUAUAAAGAAAUCGUAAUUUUCACAAAACUGAAACUACAGUCCACAACUGGCGAAAUACGAAGUUGUGUAAAUGGUGGAAUUGCGCGCCAUCGUGUGGCUGCAAAAUAAAUCCGAAUUUUGAAUCUCUCGUGAUCUACUCGAGAGUUCCGUGUGGUAUUUCGGAAAUAUGCGCUAUGCAUUGAGCAAGAUGCAUAAAAAAUAUUAAAAUGUGGAGGAGCGGACUCUUCAUACCAAAUAUAAAUAAAUAAAAACUGUUUUUAAAAUGUAAAUUGAAUGUGUAUUAGUAGGUAUAGAAAAUGGGGUUUCAAUUUCCACUGUAAUAUACAAACCACAAAAUAAAAGAUUGAAACAA